AUGGCGCAGGUACCCGAGCAGACGCUGCAGUGGCUGUAUAAUGCCCUUCAUGUGAGUCGGCGCAGCGCAUGGCUUCAGAGAGCUCGUCUGAUGUUGCUUCAGGACUACCAAGACCCUCAAAGAACGUACUCAGAUACUGCCAGAACGCUCUCGCUAUAUCCCUCAUUAUUGCCUGCCACCGAAGUCUACACCCAAGAGGAUGGCACUUCUUCACUACUUCUGCGCCUUGCAGGCACAGUGCCUGCUGCCUUUCGAGGAACCACCUAUCGAUUCCCUGUGAAGAUUUGGAUUCCACAUGCAUAUCCAUAUGAGGCGCCAUUUGCAUACGUGGUGCCAGGAAAAGAGAUGGUCGUUCGGCCGGGCCAGCACGUUGGUGUUGAUGGUCGCAUCUAUCAUCCGUACCUGAGAGACUGGGGCAGGAUCUGGGAUAGAGCCAAUACCUCGGACUUCUUGGACCAUCUGUCGCAGGUAUUCAGUCGCGAGCCUCCAGUGAUCAGCAGAGCUCAACAGCAGCAAUAUCAACAGCGGUCAAAUGCGCCAGCACAGCCGGGCCCGGCGCCCCCGCAACUACCUCCUAAGAGAGCUGUUGGUGGUCUCGAGUCAUCUCAGUUGUCGGGUGUAGGGACACCGCCGCCCUUGCCGCCGAAGCCUGGCGAGGAAUAUGCAGAAGCGAGGCGAGAUGUUGCUCGAGAUGGCCCACCUCUGCCGCCCCUACCGCAUGAAGCAGCACAUCAACCGCGUUCGUCCUCUCUCGCGCAGAACACGUAUCGACCGACCCCCAGAACACCGUCUCAAAAUAUCCUACCUCCCUCUCCAAUGCAACAAAAUGGAAGGUCAUCUGGUACUCCUUUCCCUCCGUUUCAACAUGAGCAAUCGCUAUCACAGCAUCAACACUAUCGUGCGCACCAGGAUCGAAGUCCUGUCUCUCCUGUGUCGCCGAUCAAUCGCGUGUCAGAACUGCCUGGGAACAAGUAUGUGCGCCCAGCGCCUUUGCCACAGCCUCAAUCCCAACCGCCCUUACAGCAGCCUACACAGUGGCCAAUGCCCCAUUACUCUCAUCAAGAGCAGUCAUCUUAUGAACAGAAGUACUCUCAGAUACCUCACCAGCAUCCUUCGCAGCAGGCUUGGCUUCAAGGUCAGAUACAACAUCAGCAGCGGCCAAAGGAGAAACAAGCCGCGCCCGAUCUGUUGACCGAUCCAUUCGACGUGGCAAUACCAGCAUCUGGCCCUUCGCUUCCAGCGCCUCCCAUCCCGCCGAACCCAGAAAAGGAGCAUCUUCUCCAAGCCAUCUCAACGUCACUUGUGCAACAGGCACAGCAGAAAGUCAAUCAGAAUCUUUCUGCUAUUGCGCCGCUUCAUGCCCAGGAGUAUGCUUUGCGUAUGGCACAAGAUCGCUUGGAAGGAGAGAUCAGACAAUUGGAACAACUUGAACAAGCCAUUUCAAUCAACGAAUCUAUCCUACAUCGAAGCAUACAGGACUGCGACCGAACUAUCGCUACAGCACGAUCAAAGAAGCAGCCCGCUAUCGAUGAAGUACUGCUUGCACCCACAAUGGUCGCAAAUCAGCUUUGGAACUUGUGCGCCGAAGAAGCGGCGUGCCGAGAAGCAAUGUACUUCCUUCAGAAAGCCGUUGAUCGUGGUCGAAUCCGUGGGGACGUGUUCGUGCGGCAAAUGCGAAACUUAGGACGCGAGUGCUUCUUGAAAAUGGCUCAAGCAAGGAAGUGCGCUCUGGGUAUGGGUUUACAUACUCCCUAUGGCAGAUAG